UGUGGGUGGUGAGGUUUACUGUCAGCCUUGCUCGUUUGUUUACACAGCAACUUCCCAUGUGUACCUGGGACGAAGCUUCGCUAAAUUGUAAUCGAGUAUUUCAGAGAACAUUUGUGGAAUAACACCGACAGACGGUCACUCCACAGACACUGGGCAGCACAAGUUAGCAGUUAGCCUAGCAGCGGUGCGGACUCUCUGGCUCCGUGAGUGUGUGCGGGCUGCUGCCGGGACACACCGGCACAGACCCAGGUCCCUCCGAGGGAAAGUCUCGGACAUGAAUACCUGACAUCGUCCUCUCUUUGAUUCGAGCUGAACGAUGCCUCUCGGCCCCGCUAACCAUUCCCAGUUGAUUCGUUCCAUCCAGAAGGACGAAUAUUAUCAAACGUUCCUGAAGAACAACAGCAACGAAGCCUUUCAGACUCUUGCCGGAUCCAAACGAUGGCUGGACUGGAGGAAAGAGAUAGAGCUGCUGUCAGAUCUUGUCUACUAUGGUUUAACAACAUUCUCUGGUUACCAAACUCUUGGUGAAGAGUACGUCGGCGUCGUACAGGUGGAUCCCACUAAACGGCAGAUCCCCUCCCGGGCAAGACGAGGCUGCUUUGUCCUCUGUCAUGCCCUCUUGCCGUAUCUUCUGGACAAGGUCCUGGUGUGCUUGGAGAACGAGCUGGAUGGUGGGCAGGAGAGCCUCAGCCGUGUCAGGCGGCGGCCUGCCGGGACAUGGAGCCUGGAGUCUUGGCUGAGGAUGUGGGUGCAGAAGGCAGUGGGGCUGUUGUCAGAGCCCCAGAGGAAAACGUGCUUACCGGCCAUUUUCGCCCUCCGUCAGGGUCUGACCCUCCUGCACCGAUUCCAUGUGGCUCUGUUCUACCUCAGUGGCUCUUUUUAUCACCUGUCCAAGAGGAUGGCUGGUAUCAGCUAUCUGCAUGUGAUGGGGCGAUACGGCAGUGACGGGACCAUCAGAAGCAGCUACAGGCUGCUAGGUGCCGUGUCCCUCCUUCAGCUGGUCACCACUGUUUGUCUCCAGCUCAAUAAUUUCAGACAGAGACAGAGAGCCAGGACGGAGUGGAAGCUCUACAGAAAGCUCAGUCCUCAGCGCACGAAGAGCUCGAGCUCGAGAGUCGCCCGCUGCAUCCUCUGUCUGGAGGAGAGGAGACACUCCACCUCCACCCCCUGUGGACACCUCUUCUGCUGGGAGUGCAUCACAGAGUGGUGCAACACCAAGGCAGAGUGCCCCCUUUGUCGGGAGAAGUUCCAGCCUCACAGACUCGUGUACCUCCGGAACUACAGCUAGAUAUACGGAGCUAAACAAAACACACACACACACAAACACACACACACACACACACACACACA